UGGUACGUGCUGGGUUGUGGUGCUGCUCCUGCAAAGAAGAUGCAACCUUUGGGGCUGGGACCUGGGGCCCCUGUUACUUUACUCACGAAAUCUCACUUGCUAGGACCUUUGCUCUCACAGUAUUUUUUAUAUCCACUUGCGUUACCUACAUGCUGUUUUUCUGAAUCGCUGAAAGGUAACAUUUGAGUCGAAGCUAGCACUCCUUCAUAUUGUUAUCUGAGACGAGUGCUAGGCCUUGUCUUUUGCAAGUUUGAGUCAAUCUUUGUGGCUUUUUCAUACAGAAGAUGCUUUCUUCAUCCUAGCAACUUCUCCAUCAGCAGAGAGAAACAUGACUAAGCAGCCCAAAGGUCCUAAAGACCUUCCUGCUAACCCAGUGCUGCCUGCAGGAGAGAAUCAUUUCCUUCGUUGUUUUAUCCACCAGUGACCACUGCUGGUGGAGCAGUCGGUUUGCUGACCCUUCCUUUGUUCGGUGCUGGGUGGGGUGAGCAGCUAACUUCAUUUUUUUAGUCCUGAGGGAAGCAACCAAAAUAAGACAUAUGUGGACCAACCGCAUAACAGUAUGUUUUCUAUCUAUUGACUUAAAUAUUUCAAUAUUCUGUAUUUCUAUCUAUCUGUUGUCUUCAAGAAAUUUGUAAAUUUGACAGCUUUAUGCUCGUUAUCUGUGCAAAGGAAGUAUAUUUUUUCAUAAAAGAAAGUGCACAAAGCAAAUUCAGUCCCUGGAGGCCAAAGAUCUGUUUAUCGACAGCUUCAGCAUACGCAGCGUAAUAGCACUGUCCUCUCUCUUUGUGUUUUCCCCUAUGUUCUUGUCGGUGCCUUUGACUUCAUCUACACAGUCUACGGAGAUCCAGGUGCUCUGCGUGCUGCAGAACAUUCUUGUGGCUGCUAAGGAAGGCUGAGGAUCGGUGCACUUUGGAUCUGAGCUGAGAUUGUCUCUCCUUGCUCUUUUAUACUCUCAUUUUAACUCUAACAUUGUGGUGACCUUAAUUCAUAGAUACGAUUCUUCCUAGAAAGACAAGUACAUCCAGUGCCCAAUGGGCAUGAGUGCUCUCUCUCUCAUGCCCUCACAUUGCUGCUGCUUUAAGGGUUUUACUUCCUUUGCUUAGUCUCUAUCCAAAUUGGCUUUUUCGUAUGGAAACCCCAAAAUGACAAACCUGCCAAGUGACACAGGCAAUUACUGUGUGUUUGUGGGAGAACGUUCUUUCCAGGAAAUGACAGCUUGGUAAGCCUCAAAGUGGCCCUACUUCCUAUGUGUGUUAAUGACAAGUAUGUUGGUGAGUGUAAUAGGACAGCACUUGGUUGCCAUCCAAACACUUGUGGGUACAGAGUGUUUUGGCCUUGGCUGUAACUUCAGGGAACUCAAAAUGCCGGAUUGCAAAAUGUGCCAACAGCCUCUACAAGGGCUUCCUUUGCGUUUGAUCACUCAUCUCCAGCAAACGUGGGGACUACUUGGUGAGCUGCAACGCGUGGCUUUUGUCAGGGUUGGGCUACGAUGGGCUUUGCUCAGAACUGGUCCCUGGGUUAUGCCCUGUACCACUCAUGGUGUUGUAUGUGCACGGCCAGCGGAGCACUGAGGUUGUCGUCAGAGAUGAUCUUCGUAGAAAACUGUUUGCCAGUCCACGUGCCUCUAGUUUCUUCCUUCUCUCACUUCUGACUUUAAUGUUUUCUUUCAAAAGUUCUCAACCUUAAUAUAAAUUUCUUUCUGUUUUCCAGAAGGAGGGGAAGCCACCAAUCACCUGUUGAACCCCUGGCCUUUGACAACACCUUUCCCCAUCUCUGUGUUGAGUAGUGUGGGCAAACUGAAAGGCCCACCGGUUUUACCUACGAGGCUUUUCCUUAUAGUGAAAACUGAAGAGCAGUUUCAGGAAAUGCUCCCUUGCACCCUAGUUUUGCACUGGGAUUUCUGCCUUUGUUUGGACACGUUAACGUCUUCCAGGGCGUGUUAACAGCUGAUUGUUGGCUCCACCUCAGAAAGAAACUAGUCCGUCUUCUCUUAGAGUAUGCUCUAGAAAUUUGAAGGCUUGGGCUUUUUUGUUUUGUUUUCCCUAGAACAUAGAGAAAUUCUCUUCUUAUUCUGAAAAUAACUUCUGUUUCUGCUCUGGGAUCCUUUUUUUAAGGUAUGAUUCAAGGAUCCCAAGUUAUACAUCGCGUACGUUGUGUGAAGUCAUUUUAAAUGUUUUCUCCCAUCCAAAUAGUCUUAGCAUGUGAAUCAACUGUGAGCCAAAUAACAAGGUGGUAGUAUAGUGAAGCAGAAGUUGCACAUAAGCAGAGCCAGAGCUCAUCAUCUCUAUAAUGUUAGUGUUGUCCCCGUGGUUAGUGUUGUGGUCAACAGUAUGCAGAGAGGAUGUGCAUGGUUGAUUAUUGAAUAUUGGUUGUGGGGACAGGAGCAUCUUUACCAGCUUCAGGCCAGUCUGUGAAGAACAGCUGUCUACAGCAUCUACCUCACUCGGUGCAAUCCCUUACCAGUAGGUCUGGUGCCAUUCUAGUCUUUAACUUCUUAUCCUCUUUCUUCUAAGUACACAGCAUGUAUGGACACGGGCAGGUGCAGUUUACCUCUCCAUUUGCUUGUUGGAAUCGUAGGAAUAUCCUGUCCGAUCAGCUCUGAUCUCUGUGACACCUGUGUCCUUUAUCUAUUGCACAAAACAUCUUGGUCUUGUUUGGGGGAAUGGUUUGUCUAACGCAUGUCAUGAACUCAUUUUGACUUCUAAAUGCAACGCCUGUCGCACAGCAGGUCAAACAAGCUCUCAGAGAAGGAUAAACCCUAUGUAGAUAUCCAGGGACUGACAGCUUCCACCAUGGAAAUCCUGCUAGAUUUUGUGUAUACAGAAACUGUUCACGUGACAGUAGAAAACGUCCAAGAAUUGCUCCCAGCAGCGUGCCUGCUUCAGCUAAAAGGUGUGAAACAAGCUUGCUGUGAGUUUCUAGAAAGCCAGCUGGAUCCAUCAAAUUGUUUGGGCAUUCGGGAUUUUGCUGAGACACACAAUUGUGUUGAUCUAAUGCAAGCUGCAGAGGUCUUCAGCCAGAAACAUUUUCCAGAGGUGGUUCAGCAUGAAGAGUUUAUCCUCUUAAAUCAAGAAGAGGUUGAAAAGCUCAUCAAGUGUGAUGAAAUUCAGGUGGACUCUGAAGAGCCUGUUUUUGAGGCAGUUAUAAACUGGGUGAAGCACUCGAAAAAAGAACGGGAAGCAUCGCUGCCGGAGCUGCUGCAGUAUGUGCGCAUGCCGCUUCUCACCCCCCGCUACAUCACCGAUGUCAUCGACACCGAGCCUUUUAUACGAUGCAGUCUGCAGUGCAGAGACCUCGUCGAUGAAGCUAAGAAAUUUCAUCUUCGGCCUGAGCUCCGGAGUCAGAUGCAGGGACCCAGGACAAGAGCACGUCUAGGAGCUAAUGAAGUCCUGCUUGUGAUCGGCGGCUUUGGCAGCCAGCAGUCACCUAUUGAUGUUGUGGAGAAAUAUGACCCGAAGACUCAGGAGUGGAGUUUCUUGCCCAGCAUUACCCGUAAGAGGCGCUACGUUGCUACGGUGUCCCUGCACGAUCGGAUCUAUGUGAUUGGGGGGUAUGACGGCCGCUCGCGCCUCAGCUCUGUGGAGUGCUUGGAUUACACAUCAGAUGAGGAUGGUAUCUGGUACUCUGUAGCUCCGAUGAACGUGCGGCGAGGCCUAGCAGGAGCCACGACCCUGGGAGACAUGAUCUACGUUUCCGGUGGGUUCGACGGAAGCCGACGUCACACCAGCAUGGAACGAUACGACCCCAACAUCGAUCAGUGGAGUAUGCUGGGAGACAUGCAGACAGCACGGGAAGGAGCGGGGCUUGUCGUAGCUAAUGGAGUUAUCUAUUGCCUCGGUGGCUAUGAUGGGCUGAACAUUCUGAAUUCCGUAGAGAGGUACGAUCCCCACACUGGACACUGGACAAAUGUCACACCAAUGGCCACUAAGCGCUCAGGGGCUGGAGUGGCUCUGCUGAAUGACCAUAUUUAUGUAGUUGGUGGGUUCGAUGGGACAGCACAUCUCUCUUCCGUGGAAGCCUAUAAUAUUCGCACUGAUUCCUGGACAACCGUAACAAGCAUGACAACUCCCCGCUGCUAUGUCGGGGCCACCGUGCUGCGGGGAAGGCUGUAUGCAAUCGCUGGGUACGAUGGCAACUCCCUGCUGAGCAGCAUUGAGUGCUAUGAUCCCAUCAUCGACAACUGGGAAGUGGUGACCUCCCUGGGGAUGCAGCGGUGUGAUGCUGGAGUCUGUGUCCUUCGGGAGAAGUGAUGUGGAGGGAGCUUACAAAGAAGAACAUCCUAAAAAGUCUCUGCUGGAAGAAGAGUCCCAAGUGAUUUGCAGUGACUGUUUUUGAGAGGUGUGGAUGCUGUGGAAGUAGGCACCAGAACAGCAGCUUUCUGUGCUGCUUUGACUAGAGCAUGUGCAUAAACGUGUUAUCUCAGCAGUCAUUUGAAAUCGGGGGCUCUGCGUGAAGCUGGAGAAAGGUGGUGAAGUGGGUCAGGAGAAGCUGCAUUCUCUGCUGUUCCUGUGGCUAAUUCUAUCAGCAGAGCCGGGGUGCCCCCAGCAUUGGCAUCAGCCGGCGUGGUGAAUGCAUCCAAGGACAUCUGCAUACAACUGGGGGUCUCUUCGGCCACUGCAGGACCGUGCGGGUCCUCUGGUUGCUCUCAGCCACGUGGAUGCGUGCAGGUGGAAUCCAGCUGCUCUUAUGUUCCAGCUUCAAAUCAUCUUGUACAUACUGAAUGUUUUUAAUUUGCUCCUCAAGCACGUAUCUGUGCAGAGCCAAAUUGAGUGAGCAUGUGUAAGGGGGUCCUGCACUGGAGCUGCAUCCGCAGGUUCCUCCCAGGUCUGCACACAAGGAGUCGCAGAUUAAAGCUGUCAACUACUGAGACCCAAAAGCCUGAGGCUGCUGGGGGCAAAGGGCAGGGGGGAGAAACUCAUUGCCUAGCGUAGAGGCAGAUCUGCAGCAUUUGUGCUCCAAGCGAGGGGCUCACCGAGCCCCACAUCACACAUCACGUUUCCCUUGAAAAGCUUGACACGUCCAGCUGCACAAAGCUGCGUUUUCUGGCAGCAGGAGCCUGGCUGUGAAAGGCAGUGCCUUUGCUCCUACCCCUGCAGGGAGGUCACCUUGCGGAGGCUGAGGCCCUGAGUGUAGGGACGCAAUUGCUACUGUCUACGUCGACCUUGCUGGCGAGCGACUGGGGUUCUUCCCUGGACAGGUGUCUGUCCAGCGCACCCACGUCAGCCUUGUAGUCGAAUUCAUUGUGUUGAUUUUCCUUUUAUCCAGGAUUUUUCUGCUUCCAGGCACGGUUUGGAGUGACAUCCAGGAUUCCGUUUUGCCCCUGUGUUCUCAGCUCUCCCCUGCCUCCUAACUCCGCAUCCUCUUACACCAGCUGUCCUUUGCCUGCCCCACGAGCCCCAGGUGAGCGUUUCACCACUGGCUCCCUGGAGCACUCUCCCCAGCAUGUCUCCUGCCUUGCUGUGUUUCUGGCAGCGCGGGCUCUCCUCUGCCGUCAGCUUGGCCCCUGCAGUGCCUGGGCUCUGUGUAGUGCUGCUCGUUGAGCUUACUGCUGACUCCUUGCUUAGGGGACAGGGUGGGAUCAGGGAUGUGGUAGCAUGACUUAAUUAUGCACUUUCAGCCAACGCUCUGACCUUCUGCGUUUGUUUCUAUUACACAAGUGUUCUGUGGUUUUGUUUCCUAUGUUUAUUUUUUAAUGAAAACAGAAAGAAUAAAAUAUUUCCUGAGCCA